AUGUUAUUAAUAAAUUUAUUUCUUAUCAUUAAUAAUGAUGUACCUACUCCAUAUAAUAUAUAUUUUCAAGAUUCACUACUACCUCAUCAAGAAGGUAUUUUAGAAUUACAUGAUAAUAUUAUAUUCUAUAUGUUACUUGUUUUAGGUUUAGUUUCUUGAAUAAUAAUUAUUAUUAUUAAAGAUUAUAAAAAUAAUCCUAUUCUUUAUAAAUAUAUUAAACAUGGUCAAAUAAUUGAAAUUAUUUGAACUAUUUUACCAGCUAUUAUUUUAUUAAUAAUUGCAUUUCCAUCAUUUAUUUUAUUAUAUUUAUGUGAUGAAGUUAUUUCACCAGCUAUAACUAUUAAAGUUAUUGGUUUACAAUGAUAUUGAAAAUAUGAAUACUCAGAUUUUAUUAAUGAUAAUGGUGAAACUAUUGAAUAUGAAUCUUAUAUAAUUCCUGAAGAAUUAUUAGAAGAAGGUCAAUUAAGAAUGUUAGAUACUGAUACUAGUAUUGUUAUUCCUGUUGAUACUCAUGUAAGAUUUAUUGUUACAGCUCUAGAUGUUAUUCAUGAUUUUGCUGUACCAUCAUUAGGUAUUAAAAUUGAUCUAACACCAGGUAGAUUAAGUCAAGUAUCAACAUUAAUUCAAAGAGAAGGUAUUUUUUAUGGUCAAUGUAGUGAAUUAUGUGGUGCUCAACAUAGUGCUAUGCCUAUUAAAAUUGAACUAGUUAAAUUACCACUAUUCUUACUUUGAUUAAAUGAACAAUAA